UUAUACAUAGGUCUAUCAAUAGCAACACUGUGUCGUAGACCUCUCCCAGGAAAUGGCGAUAUUCAUGUUAUUCGUCUUUUUGGUGCUUGCCUCGGCAGAGUGUUUACAGUUUAGCGGAAACAGUUACCGGUUUUAUCCCGGCCCGUCCACUUGGAAAGAUGCCACAUCAGUCUGCCUCAGUACUAAUGGGUCCUUGCUCAAUUUCAAGACGGCGGCCGAACAAGAUUUCAUUGAGGGGAUAUUGAAGAAACAGAAUGUUAAGGAGGUGUGGACUGCGGGACAUUUCGCCAAUGCAUUUUGGCAUUGGAGUCGAAAUCUGUGGGGUCUAAAAGGACAGGGGUGUUACGAUGACGACUGCGGGGUCUGUUAUUUUGACAGACAUGAUUUGGAUGCCGCACAGGCCCCAUCACAGUCUUUCAUGAGUGUGGAGUUCUGCACUACGUUCUGCAGAAAAAAGAAGUAUGAUUACUGUGGACUACAGUCCGGCUCUAUUUGUUACUGUGGUGGUAACGGUGCUACAUUCGGGAAGAGGGGACCAGCCUCCGGGUGUAACCAGCCCUGCUUUAAUAACGCUGCCUACAUGUGCGGAGGGGCUGCCAAGAACUCCAUUUACUCGACAAGAGAGAAUGCCUAUUCCGCUUGGUGGAACUACCACCCUGAGAGCACGCGUAAGCAGUGCGCUGCCAUGACGUCGGAACACGAGUACCAGUGGUUGGAAGAUAACUGCUUCACGCAGAAAGCAUACAUUUGCCAACAGGAUAUGUUGAACGUUUCUGACGUCUGCCGCUUUCAAGCGCUCUCCUACCAGUUCUGCGUGAGCAUCAGCAAGCCUGGCGAAACAGCCAAUUGGUUCCAGGCCCGCGAGAAGUGCUCAACGCUUGGACCUGAUGUUGACCUUGCGACGCUUGAUCAGAAGCACAAGCAGAGAGCCAUGAAGGACUAUCUUGCCAAAACACUCGGCAUAGCGAAAGACUUCUGGAUCGGCGCAACGAGGAAUCAGCUCCUGUGGAACCUUGACGGCAAGAUGCACAAAUACUCUAAAGUCUACGUCUCCCGAUUCGACAGUUCGUCUACCUUUGCUGAGCGUGGCAACCUUCUGUUUUACGAGACCAAGGAUGGCUACAGGUUGAAGGACGCGAAUGAUGACGAAAAGGCUACUGCUGGUUUCGUAUGUCAAAAUGAUUUGCCAACAACCACCGCGUCACCGGCGACAACCUCGACGGUAUCUCCAAGAGCUAUUGUCACAUCUGAUCAACCUUUUAUACCAACAACUGUUGAAACCACACCAACGACGACCACGACCAUCGCCACGACAGAAGCGACCGAGGCUUCCACAACCUCACUGGGUAGUGGCUCAGGAAACGCAAUGGGACAAGGCGGAGGUACCGCUGCUGAUGACCACGUAAUGCUGGCUGUUUACGUGGCGUGCGGAGGCGGGGUGCUUCUCAUUGUUCUUGUGACCAUAGCCAUCGUAAUUGCAAAGAAGAAGAGGAAGCCACCGGCGGAGAAGAUAUUCAAAGUAAACUACGCACCGAGCAUUCAGGACUUGAACCGCAGGUCGACUAACAUCGUAGAUGGCAGUGUCACGAUUCAGGCGGCGGAGAGCAACAUUUACACCGACCCUGCAACCAUCAUGCAAAGUGGGGUCCAGGGGGCGCUGUAUGAUAACACCGACGACCACAAGAGGGAGCAGGUGACAAAUAAAGCCCGGAUGCGAGCUAUCAAGGAGGGCAUGUAUGACGUCCCAAAGCCCCGGUUAAGUGCAAUCCCGGCAGCACCAGAGCCUUCUGGGAUUGACGACAGGAAACCGGCGCCACUCCCUGCCUGUCAAGCAAUCAAGAUGGAUGAGUUAAACAAAGGUGUUGACUCUACCAAGGAUACUCAGCCAAUCUACGCGAUGGAGGACAACUCCACGGAGUAUUCGUACGCGUAUGGUGGUUUCAUGGGGCCGUCUGAGCCCGAGGCGGGGAACGUGUCUGGUGGAAACACGUCGUACGAAAAACUAGUGAACUAGAAAGCAUUUGUGAACUACAAACCAUGUUGCCCCUCCCCCCGAGGGUUGUCUUACUAUUUAUCCCUCAAAUUGGGCACUUGCUAUCAUUUGAAAAAAUCCAACAUUCCUCAGUCCCCGAUUAAAACCUCCUUUUCCUUAUACGUUU